AUGUCGAACGAGUCGAUCGUCUCGCCUACGUCUACGAACGAGCCACCACCUGAGCUCACGCCAGCACAAUUGACUCGAUCGACCGCGGAGCUCUACGCAAGACCUACCGCGUCGUCUUCAUUGGCCGAUUCAGAUACACAUCAUGGGAUGUACGCUGCCCAACGCAAGGGACUCGAUUGGAAGUACCAUCGCAUUCCAACCAAGGAACGCCAGUUCUUGCAAGACUCGAUCGUCAGCUCCGUCCUAGCGCGGGCUCAUCGCGAUUGUGAACGAAGGCAAUCAGACGGACCCGAGGAAUCAGACCAUUCUAAGAAGCCCUUGGCACUCUUCACGGCCGGUGGGAUGGGAGCGGGCAAAGGUCAUACGCUACGGGAGAUGCUCAAGGAUGGCACGAUCCGACUUCCCCGGGAUUUCGUUUGGGUCGACCCUGAUGCUCUGGCUAGAGAAUUACCCGAACGGGAACAAUACCUGAGGGCCGAUGCAAAGACGGCGAGUAAAAAACUGCAUCCGGAGGCGGCUUUGCUGCAGGAGAUUCUGUCCGAGGUCGCUAGGAGCAAGAGGAGGAGUUUGGUCGUGGACGGGAGUUUGAGCGAUUGUGCUUGGUUCUCCAAGUUGAUGAAGUGAGUCAAAAUCUACAUAGGGUGACUUGUCGCUUGUGCUCUUAUGAUCUGACGACGCACCUGCGUACCUUGCAGGCGGUAUGGCGCCGAUGGGUACGACUGCGAGAUUGUUUUUGUCGUGAGUCCUUUGCCAGGCGCUUAUUUCGAGCAUCGAGCACACUUGAUGGCAUUUAACUGAUUUGAUGUAAUCUUCAUACAGACUGCUCCCGAGGAAAAGAUGCUGGAGCGAGCUCAGAGAAGGGCCAAGAUUACCGGACGGGUCAGUGCUUCUCUCCAAUCGCGCACAAUUUUCGUCCAGCGGCCUAACGCUUCUCGUCCCGACUGACCAGAUAACAAAUCCAGAUGCGCUUAAACACUCAAGGGAAAAGUCACCGCACUGUGUGACACACCUCUCAACGCCUUCUCAUGUCCGAAGGUGCGCUAGGUGCGAUCUACCUCGGAAGUGAGCGCAGCGGACUGACUUGCUCACUGGCGUUUGGCUCACAGGGCCCGACUAGUCGACAACGCCUCGGACGAUGCACCGAGUCGAAUCGUGUAUGAUUCGGACAAGGAUCCAAUUUGGCGCGAUCGACCUGAUGAUGCAGGUGUCGACGUCAAGGGUUUCGUCGAUGGUCGAUUGGAGCAAGGCGAGGAUGGGGUCGUGAGGGAAAAGGCGGAUAGGAAGGCUCACAUGUAG